GAGACACAAACUGCACAGACCACGCACACAACAGAAGAAGCACCUUCUGCUCCCGCAUCCCAUAAUACAGAUAACCCUUCAACCAACAAUCCAUCUACAGAUCAUACCCAUAACAAUCAGUCUGAUAAUGGAACUAAUGUUGCAAACCCCGCAGAGGGUGAAUCAACAAGUACCCAAGAAGGUGCUAAUGGAAAUACAGAUACCACUACCACCACCACAACAACAACAACAACACUUCCUCCUGAACUCACAAACAAUAAGAAGGGUGAUGCAGACAGCAGCAGCAGUAUCAGCAGUUCUGUGUGGGUGCGUGUACCACUACUGAUUGUGGUUACACUGGCCUGUAUUCUUGUGUGCUGA